AUGGAAUUUUUGAUUAUCUUCUUCCACUGCCUUCUCCUCACCACAGGAUAUUCGGGUGUCCAAGGUUCAUCUCACCACCACCAUCACCACCACCACCACCACCGCCACCGCCACCAGCAUGACCUCCAUGACAGCCAUCUAGCAUAUGGCUUUCGACCCACAAAGCUAUUUGUGUUUGGGGAUUCGUAUGCUGAUACUGGGAAUAUAAGGAAGUCUUUAGCAAAUUCUUGGAAUGAACCUUAUGGCAGCACUUUUCCGGGGAAGCCUGCCGGCCGUUUCUCCGAUGGCCGUAUCCUCACUGAUUAUUUUGCUAAAUUCUUGGGACUCAAAUCUCCAGUAGCCUACACAUGGAUGAAUUUGGGAAAGCAAAAAUGGUUGAAUGGGAUGAACUUUGCCUAUGGAGGGAGUGGUGUGUUCGAUACUUUUGGCGAUUUGUUGCCAAACAUGAGCACCCAAAUUGAUUUCUUUGAGAAACUCAUCAAUGAUUCAGUCUACACCAAAUGGGAUUUACAAUCUUGUGCUGUUCUUGUCAGUCUUUCUGGAAACGAUUAUGGUUCUUAUUUAGCCAAUGGUGGCGCUUUCCAGGGUUUGGCAAGUUUCAUUUCUAAGGUGAUCAAUCAACUCGCGGUGAACUUAAAAAGGGUUCGAGGAUUGGGAGCAAGAAAAGUAGUUGUGACGUCUCUGCCACCAUUGGGAUGUCUCCCACGAAGCACAGGGACUCCAUUCCAACAAUGCAACGCAACUGAAAAUAUAGCUGUGGCUUAUCACAAUCUCCUAUUGCAGCAAGCUGUGGAAAAGUUGAACAAUGAAACCAGAAAUUCUGCGAUUUCCAUUGUUGAUCUCUUCAGAUCUUUCACAACUGUAAUCGAGCAGAAACGAGACUAUUUAGGAAAUUUGAAAUUUGAGGCUCCAUUGAAACCGUGUUGUAUAGGCAAGAGCGAUGGCUAUUUCUGUGGAAGUGUAGACGAUAACGGAGCCAAAAUGUAUACAGUGUGCCAUGAUCCAAAAUCCGCGUUCUUCUGGGACAGCGCACAUCCCACAGAGGCCGGAUGGCACACAGUAUUUACAAUCUUGGAGCCUAGUUUUGAUCGAAUUUUCAAAUAUCAAUAG